UCUCUCUCUCUCUUCACUCUCUCUCUCUCUGUGUCUGUGUGUGUGAGUGUGCUAGAGAGCGUGUGUGUGUGUGUGAGCGCUCAGCUAAGCUGGCAUCGCUCCUGUUUGUUUUCAGCCAUUUUGGGGCUGCCAGUGCCUGUAACAAACUGCUAAAUGGCUGCCUCUCUCUAUCUGUGAGCAGUUCAGCCUUGCAAUUCUCUUUAAAAAAAAAAAAGGCCAGGAGGGGGAGAGGAGGAAAAGAUAAACGAGAAAAAAAGAAAGAAAAAGAAACUAACUAACUAACCGCUGAGACGCUGUCAAGGCCAACUACGAGAGUCAGCAAAACUCAGUUAACUGUAGUCAGCUCUUGCACUGUUAGUCUACACAAGCUGAACUGUGGAGAACUGAGAUGCUGCUCCAGAUUUCAAGAGGUUUUGGCGCAACGUCAUGGUGUCCAGGGCCGAGGUUUCGGACCCGAGCCACGCGGGCACCCUCCUCUCGCACCUGAACGAGCAGCGGUUGGACGGGGGCCUCUUCUGCGACGUCACUGUCAUCGCUGGCGACGACGCCAAGUUCCGGGCCCACCAAAGCGUCUUGGCCGCCUGCAGCCCUUACUUCCGGGAGCUGCUCUCUUCGCCCCUGCCUCUCGGGGCUGCCGCUGUUGCCGCUGCCCCUGGAGCUACACAGCUGAGCGAGAGGGUAGUGGAGCUGCCUCACCUGAAGUCUGGCAUCCUCUCGGACCUGCUGGAUUACAUCUACACCUCCAGAGUCUCCCUCCAGGGCUCCAGAGGCACCAAGCAGCUUUCCGAAGCCGGGAAGAGUCUAGGCAUUCCUUUCUUGGCAAGCCUGCCUGGGGAUCCCGGACGGGCCAAGAACAAGGCGGACAGUUCAGCCAGCUCACCGUCUCUCGACUUCCCUUGCAGCCUUCCAAGGCUUCCCAGAAACAGGGAGCGGCACACAUCACCCUCCUUGCCUUCCGGCGUAAACCUGGAGGACUCCCAGUGGAAGAUGGCAGCAGUGGACAAGCAGCGACAUUUUGACUCCGGACGAUCCCCAUCUCCCAUCGACCUCACGGCCCCAGCCAGGAAGGAUCCCAAAUCCUCCUCCGUGGUUCAGUUCCAAAGCCUUCCCCAUGAACUUCCUCCACAGAGCACUUUACCUUUGCCAGCCUAUCCAAUGGAUGCUGGGCCCACAGAGACUGGCGGUGGUGGGUCAGCACAGGACUCGGAAAACAACCAUGCCGCUGAGAGCUUCCCAGUGACUAUGGAUUCUGAGUGUUCCACCACGGAAACGGCCAAAAUCCUGUUCAACCUGAGUACAGUGGCUUUUAAGGGAAGGGGUCACAAACACGGCAGGGUGGCAUCAAGCACGGAUGAUGCAGCACCAGUUAAGCAGAGAAGUGAGUCAAAGGACAGUGUGUCAGGAUCUCUUUCCCCUCCUCCAGCUUCUAAAGGUUUCUUCUGUGGACUAUGUCAUCGCUCCUUCAGUUUAUCCUCGUCCCUCAGCGUCCACAUGAGGCUGCACAGAGGAGGGAGGACGCUGAGCUGUCGCCACUGUGGGAAAGCCUUCAUUCACAACAAGAGGUUGCAGUCCCAUGAGGCACUUUGCGGGCAGCCUCGACAACAGGAGCAAACAGCCCUUGUGGCCCCAGCCAAGGAGGAAGACCAGGGGAACUGUGAGGACGAGGAGAAGGAGGAGGAGGAAGAGGUGGGGGAGAGAAGGGAGAAGGAAGAGGAACAGGAACCACAGGGUCGUUCAGCACCGGCCAGGAUCCACAAGAAAGGGAGGGGCUUCCUGGGACGUCACCGAAGCUUCCAGAGGACAGACCUGCUGGCUGAGGAGGACCACUUUGUGAAAGUGGUGGAUGGGCACAUCAUCUACUUCUGCACAGUCUGUGAGCGCUCCUACAUGACCCUCUCCAGUCUCAAGCGCCACUCCAAUGUCCACUCAUGGCGUAGGAAGUACCCAUGCCGAUACUGCGACAAGGUCUUUGCCCUGGCUGAGUAUCGGACCAAACACGAGGUGUGGCACACAGGAGAAAGACGCUAUCAGUGCAUUUUCUGCUGGGAGACCUUUGUCACUUACUACAACCUGAAAACCCACCAGAAGUCCUUCCAUGGCAUCAACCCUGGACUCAUAACUAGUGAGAAAACACCCAAUGGGGGUUACAAGCAGAAGGUAAAUGCUCUCAAACUCUACCGCCUGCUACCCAUGAGGUCCCAGAAGAGACCUUACAAGACCUAUAGCCAGUCACUCUCUGAAAACAUCCUGCUUUCUUCCGAUAACAUACCCUCUGUUCCUCUGGCUUUACCUAUGGAUGGCGGGCUGCCUGCCCCUCUGGGCUCUGACCAGCUGCAGUCGUACAUCAAUGAAAAACACACUAUGGGCCUGCAAGCAGAUCCCGCAGACUACUUGUUGGCACCACCUCUAGAUCCUGGUGGGUUGGGAAGAGGGGAAACAACUCAACCCUCUGCUCCUACCUUGCCCGUACAUGGGAUAAACAGGGAAGGAGAGGCUGAGGAAGACGAAACAAACCUUAGGGUGCCUGGCCAUGCCAAAGGCUUCUGUGGUACAGAAACGUCUGCCUCUACUGUCAUUGCAUAUGGUCACCCAAAGCCUUCGGUAAUAGUGCAUGGAACGUCUGUGUCAUCUGUGAUUAUGCACAGCAAUCAGGUUCCUUCGUCAAGCAGCAAAGCUUACUCUGGCAAUCGCCGUUCCCUAGAAAAUGAGCCUGCCAGUGAGCAACCAUCCCCCAAAGUGGCCCGGCCCAUCAAGAAGCAGGUCCUCAGGGAGUACAUUCAGUCCCAAAAAAGAGCUUCCAAGUCAGAGAACAGCACAGCAGAAGAGGAAGGCAGACAACCAUCCAGUGCAGAUGAGGAGAAGAGGCCCCAGAAGACCUGCAAAGCCCAUGGCAAGAGUGUGACCUAUGUGGCCAAGCCUGCUUGUGUUGGGGGGUCCUCCGAGACCAAAGGUGGAGCCCCAUUGUGCCAGAUCACUGUGCGCAUUGGAGAGGAAGCCAUUGUGAAGAGGAGCAUCUCAGAAACUGAUCUGAUGAGGGACAAGAGCCCUCCACCCUCCAAAACAAAAAAGGCUGACUCUCCCAUAGAAGAGCCAAUCCAUCAUCACCAACAACACCAUCACCACCACCGCCACCGGAGUAAGGACAACAAUGAGAAGAUGCCCAAGCCAUGCAAAGCCAGAGAGUACUAUUUCCGAAGGGAGGUCCGAGAGGAAGAGAGCGACCAGGAUGCAGAGGACAACCUAUGGAGGCCUUACUACUCCUAUAAGCCCAAGAGGAAGGCUAUACAUGUGCAGAAGGUAAAGAAAUCUAGCUGGCAACGCAAGCUCCACUACAAGCGCUCCCUGCGCCUGACAAAGAGAGCUGAGAGGCUGGUGCAGCAGAGUGCACAGGAUGAGGGCCACGAGAGACAGCCAGAUGCCUCCUCAGCCCUGGAAGAUGAACAGGGAGAGCCAGAGGAACAAGAAGAGCUCUGGUGCCAGAUCUGCAACCAGUCCUUCCAGGACUACCUCUCUAUGAAGAGGCACGAGCGGCAUCACCAAGUGGGUAAAGCCUUCGAGUGCAGCACCUGCGGCCGGCACUUCUCCACAGUGAAAAAGCUGGACAAGCAUGAGCUGACACACCUCAUGGAGUUCGUCUGCUUGCUGUGCCAGGAGACAUUCGUCUCCCGGAGUCUCUUAGAGGAGCAUCAGGGCACACACCACACCAAAACAGAGAAUACUUUGCCACAGGCAGAGGUGGGGGCUGAGCUGAGUGAACUGGAGAAAAGCAGCCUUCCUCGGGUUGGCAGGAGACCUUCUGUUCGUCACUCCUGCCCCUUCUGCUCAAAGGUCUGCAAGACAGCCGCUGCACUGGGAAGGCACAUGAAACGUCAUGGGUCAGAUGCGAGUGAUGUUGCCGAGACCGCCACGCCAAUGGUGUCUGAAGCAACAGCCUCCGACCCGGAAGUGGAUUCUGAAGCAAAACAAGAUACAGACGAGUGCCCUCCUGUUAUUAACUAUUCAAAGUCACAGCAGCCGAGCAACACAGGCAGCUAUGAACCUCGAUAUGACAGCUCACUCAAACUAGGGGUCGGGACUGACACAGCUCUGCCAACCCAGACAACGGAACUCUCAUGUGGUGAGACACGGGAAGGCCAAGAUAAAAAUCUUGACAUGGAAGCAUCAGUCCCCAGCCCACACUGUAGCAAGACAGUUCAACCUGACCAGAGUCUGAAAUCCAACAGAUCUGAUGCUCCCAGUGGCUGUGCUCAAAGUGUUCUGGUUCUGAACGGCAAGGACUCUCCAGAGUUGCAUAAGCUGGACACGGCUGACUCGUACAAAACUGAGAGGAGCCCAGAGGCACAAACAAAUGCUGCAGAUCACACCACAUCUACAGAAGACUGUGGAGUAACUGCCUUGCCAUGCCAUCGUUACAAUGGCCCAUCUGAGGACCACCAUACCAGUCUGAAUGUCAGUUUGGGCUUGCUCCCCACUAUCAGAACUCCAGGCAAAUCAGCAGCAACCGCACCUGGUACCACACAAAGCAAUGCUGGACAGGAUUUAUCCGAUAAAAGCAAGUAUGCUUACCAGAGCACUUUGAUACGGGAAGCAUCAUCAGGCACAGACCAAGAUGAAUGUUCCCAGGACCUAAGGAUGUUGCAGACUGGGGUCACUACCCCACCCAAGCUAGCUAUGACAUCACACAGUGGCGGAAACACUCCUGAGCCUAGAGACACGCCAAAGUGCCCAGAGCAAAAGGGGUCUACGACACAGGGGCUGGUGAUGCUGCCUAAGGGAAAAGGAGACUCUCAUCCAGCUGCAGAGCAGAGGGUGGCAGCCUUGCCGAGAGAAGCCACUCCUGUGCAGGAGCUAACGGCAUCUUCCAUGGAAAGGGAGGCUGCUGACAGCAUGAUUGUGUCACAUGGCGGGAAAGAGGGGGCAGAGGCAAAGGGAAUCGUAAAGAUAUCCAAAAAGGAGGAGAUCCCAGCCUCUGUGGCUGUCGCUGUAUCUCCUGAAUUUCCCGUCAUCCAAACCACUGCUAAAGCCAGCAGCAAUGCUGUGCCCUCCCGUGAGCAGACGGCUCCCCUCGUCACUUCAGGCAACAGCGCCCAGAGGAGGCUCAAGUCUCCCACCAACCCCCCAGUGCAGGACCUCCUGAGGCCCCGCAUGGGGCCCAGCCCAGCCACCCAGGCCAUGGUACACGAAGGACAGGGCCUCAUCAUGUCUCGCUUGACGGGAGUGAGCGCCCCCCAAAGCGUGCUGGUCUCCCACAAAUCAGAGGAGGAGCCUCCAGUUCCCCGGGACUUCCACCGGGAGGUGGCCUACCCAGUCCAGGAGUUUCCCUUACCUCUCAUCGUACCAGGAGGCUGCCGCUCCAGCAAGAAGCAAGAAGACAACAUCCUGGUUUCAUACCCAGCCAGUGCCAUUCAGUUUGGGCCCCUGGGAAAGAUGUCCAAUGGAGAUUUGGGGAAACUGCCCUUUUACCCUGACCCCUAUCAGCUCCUCUACGGGCCCCAGCUACUGGCCUACCCUUACAAUCUGGCUGCCCUGCCCAUGGCUCUCAAUAUGAUGGCGCCCGGUGACAAGGGGGAGCCACUUCCCUUCCUGCCAACUCUCUUCAACUACGUCAAUCCCUGCCCUGGUACUGUGCCACAGCACCACCUGGUGGCCAGCUCGAGCCAGUGCAGCAGCAGCAGUAGCAACAGCAGCAACCGAGAAGGCGCCAACCAGUAGAGAUGCCCAGUAGCAAGGGGGUAAGGGAUGGGAGGGGCUCCCCUGGGACUGCCUAUACUGUACAGCGUGAUUUUCCCCUCCCACCCACCUCUUAUGUAAAGUAGCGAUAAGACCAACCAAUGGGAAGUUGUGGAGGCAAGGGUGCGAGGUUGUAGGGCUGGGGGUGCAUCAGGAGAGUCUGUGCGGUACCCCCUCACCCCUCCUCCUCAAUCCCUCCUCCCUUCAGCACUUAACCUCUCUGUCCUUUUUCUGUAGUAGUCUAGAGCUCAAUAACUGUCCUCCAAGACUAAAAAAAAAAAAACACAAAAACAAAAGCUAACAGGGUGUGUGUGUGCAAAUUAGUUCAGUCUGCUUCCCUUUAGUGAUUGCAAAAACGAAAAAAAAAAAAUACACAAAAAAAAACAACUCCUUCCGUGGUGGGUAAGUCAUCUUCGAGGAUCAUUCCCACAAUGAUCGUUCUCUCUCUCUGUGUACGUUAGGAGGUCCACGCGGCGACGCAGGGUGUGCGCGGUGCGAGAUGCCACGCGCACACGGUCCAUUCCACUAGAGGAGAGGUGUCUGCAGUGCCAUUCCCCCAAAGCCGUUUGGUUUAGUGUGUAGCGCGCCGGUUGUUGGCGUGACGUCUGUAAAGCACUAGAGCACUAGAGGUAAUACUACUGUUCUUUGCGUGGGCUGGGACAAGGCAGCGGGUCGACCUGCGCGGCCCAGGGGGGCAGAGCACCGGGCCGGCAGCGCCAGCGCAGUGUAGUCGGGUGCCGCCGCGGCCCGGGGUGGAAGGUACGACUCGGCACGGCCGAGGAUACGGGCUUGGGCCCAGGAAACUGCAGCGGGGUCUGGAGCUGAGAGAGCAGUGCCAGUUCGCUCCCAGGUUACCAAGCUGCUUGUUCAUCCUCCGUAUUUAAAACACAUAGUUUCAGUGGCCUUUCUCCAAAGUGUCUCCCAGACACACUCCAUUUGCUUGGCUGUAUGGGAGCCAAGGUGUCCCAUUCCCAGAAUCCCACUAGAAAGGGCACAGGGGUGCGGCCGGUUUUCUUCUGUAAUGGAGCUUCCUACAGUUCUGUCAGCUGCAGCAUUCUGAUGCUUUGUGGCUGAUUUUGUCAUGUAUCUAUAUUUUUUUUCCUUGUUGUCGUUUUUAUUUUGAACCUUUUUGUCCCCUGACAGCUUUCUGGAAAGGGGUUUGAAUACAGGCAUAUGAAUGUAAUAUAGUCUUGAGUUUAAUGAAGUACAGCAAAAGAAUAGAUUGAUUCAGGUUUCUCACUUGAAUAACCUGCGUAAAAAUAAGAACAUGUUCCACAGCUUCAAGUCUAUAGGAAAACUUCAAGAAACUUGCAUCAGGAUU